UGUAGACACAGCACCCCACGCAAACUCGCACGCUCAAGCCUCAUCUAUCACCACUUUCCUAAAUUUCCUUCAUUUCCUCCGUCAAUCAAGCACAGAAUCUAAUACUUCUCUCUGCAUCUCUCUGCGGCUUUUUUGAUCUGUGAUUUUGGGUUUGUUGUUAAAAAAGAUUUGAUAUUGGGUUUUAGACAAGAUUCGGGUUGUGAAAAGUUUGUGGGUUUUGGUCCGCUCUGUGAUCCAUGGCGGACAUAGUAAAGCAAAUCUUGGCGAAGCCGAUCCAAUUAGCUGACCAGGUUGUGAAAGCUGCGGAUGAGUCCACCAGUUCGUUUAAGCAGGAGUCUGCGGAAAUCAAAUCAAAGACAGAGAAGCUGGCUGCGCUGCUUCGACAGGCGGCGCGUGCCAGCUCCGAGCUAUACGAGCGGCCCACGCGCCGGAUCAUCGACGACACCGAACAGGUACUCGACAAGGCCCUCUCGCUUGUCCUAAAGUGCCGGGCCAAUGGCCUUGUGAAGCGUGUCUUCACAAUUAUCCCGGCUGCGGCGUUUCGCAAAAUGUCGUCUCAGUUGGAGAAUUCAAUUGGGGAUGUUUCGUGGCUCUUGCGAGUAUCGGCCUCUGCCGAGGAUCGCGACGACGGGUACUUGGGUCUGCCUCCUAUUGCUGCAAAUGAGCCGAUUUUGUGUUUUAUUUGGGAACAGAUUGCAAUACUUUCUACAGGGUCGCUUGAUGCGCGAUCUGACGCUGCAGCUUCUCUGGUUUCGCUCGCGAGGGACAAUGAUCGAUACGGGAAGUUGAUUAUUGAAGAAGGAGGGAUUCAACCCCUGUUGAAAUUGGUGAAAGAAGGGAAAAUGGAAGGUCAGGAGAACGCUGCGAGGGCGAUUGGACUUCUGGGUCGUGAUCCGGAAACCGUCGAACACAUGUUACAUGCUGGUGUGUGUUCAGUGUUUGCGAAAAUACUCAAAGAAGGUCCAAUGAAGGUUCAAGCAGUUGUGGCCUGGGCUGUGUCUGAGCUCGUCGCGAAUUAUCCUAAAUGUCAAGAUCUUUUUGCUCAGAACAAUAUAAUUCGGUUGCUGGUUGGUCAUCUUGCGUUCGAGACAGUUCAGGAGCACAGCAAAUACAACGUUGUUAAGGCUACCUCCAUCCAUCAUGCUGUGGUAAUGGCAAGUAGUAAUUCCAAUUCCGACGCUAUUGGCAAUGGCAAUGCUAAUACUGUGGAAAAAAGGAUUGAUGAUGAUUGGAACCAUAAAAUUUCCCAUCCUAAUGGGAAACAGACACUGCCUCAAAUGCACGAUGUGGUCAAAAAUACUAUGGCAAUGGAGGCUGCGUCUAAGCCACCAAUACAAAAAGGCAAUGGUGCGAACAAUGUGAAGCAAAAUCAUCAGCCAAGCCAUUCACUUUCCGGGCCUAGUCUUAAAGGGAGGGAAUCAGAAGAUCAUACUAUCAAGGCCUAUAUGAAAGCUAUGGCAGCAAGAGCACUUUGGCAACUCGCCAAGCGAAACUCGCCAAUUUGUCGCAGCAUCACCGAAUCAAGAGCACUCUUGUGCUUUGCAGUUCUAUUAGAAAGAGGACCUGAAGAUGUCCAACUCAAUUCCGCAUUGGCAUUGAUGGAGAUCACAGCCGUGGCGGAGCAUGAUACUGAUUUGAGAAGAGCUGCAUUCAAGCCCAAUGCCGCUGCUUGCAAAGCUGUUGUUGAUCAAUUGUUGCAAAUCAUCGACAAGGCUGAUUCAGACCUAUUAAUACCUUGCAUCAAGGCUAUUGGGAAUGUGGCUAGAACAUUUCGAGCCACCGAGACGAGGAUAAUUUCGCCAUUGGUUCGUCUUCUCGACGAGCGAGAAGCAGAGGUUUCAAGAGAGGCUUGCAUUUCACUAACCAAAUUUGCCUCCACAGAUAACUAUCUCCACCUUGACCACUCCAAGGCAAUUAUAAGUGCUGGAGGGGCAAAGCAUUUGAUCCAACUGGUCUACUUUGGAGAACAAAUUGUUCAAGUUUCAGCAUUGAUUCUCCUAAGCUACAUUGCAUUGCAUGUACCAGACAGUGAACAGCUUGCACAAGCCGAGGUGCUUUCUGUACUAGAAUGGGCAUCAAAGCAAUCUUUCCUCGCCCAGAAUGAAACUGUGGAUACAUUGCUACUAGAGGCCAGAAGUAGGUUGGAGCUUUACCAGUCUAGAGGUUCAAGGGGAUUCCAUUGAUCCCAACCAAAUGUGCCAAUUUAGUGUCUUCUCAACAAUUUUUUUUUUUUUUAAAACAAAUCUUCUGUUCGUGUAAUUUAUCAUUCACAGAGUGUGCAUAACAUAUCUAUAAUAUCCAAAUGCCAUUUCCGGCCUUUUUUCUCUGUUA